CACUUGCAGAUGAUAAACAGGGAGUCUAGGGUGUAGAGGGAGACAAUUCUACUGUCUGUCCACAUUCUGCGGCUUUUUCGGUUCAGUCUCACGGUCGGGGGGGAAAGAUCAAGAUCUUUCAUACAGGAGGUGGAGGUCGUUGUACUUCAACUCCGGGGGUAUCUUGACAGGUAUCUACUGCAAUGUCAACCCAGAGCUGAAGCUACAAGUCUACUGGCUUUGAUACAUGACAGCGCACACCAGUCAUGGAGUUCAACAAAUUUGUGACCUUGUGGAUAUUUAACUUGUGUCUCGUUGGAGAAUGUUGGACUGAACUACCAAGUUCACCUUCACAGGACAAUCAGAUUAUUGAAAAUGGGGUGUCAGAUCUUUGUCGCAUCGAUGAGCCACUAUGCAAGGAUGAGAACAGUGUUCUCAGCUUCGUGGCUAUCCGUGGUAUCCAUAAGCAGAUGGAUGAUGAUGCAAACGGCAAUGUAGACGUGGCAGAGACAGACGGCUUCCUGAGAGAAGAUCUAAACUACCAUGACCCCAAGGCCAAGCAUAACAGCUUCCACGGGGAUGACCAGUUCAUCAGCGUGGAGGACUUGUGGAAUGCAUGGAAGGGCUCUAAAGUGUAUAAUUGGACAGUCGAUGAAGUGGUGGAGUGGCUUAUCUCGUAUGUGGAACUGCCACAAUAUGUGGAUGCAUUUCGCAAGAUGAAUUUUAGUGGAAGUGCCAUGCCCAGGCUUGCUGUAAAGAAUUCUACUCUCACUCUCUCUAUUCUGAAGAUUUUGGAUCGCAGUCAUGUGCAGAAGUUACAGCUCAAAUCUUUGGACACUGUGCUAUUCGGACCACCACUGAUGAAUAGACAUAACCACUUGAAGGACUUCAUGUUGGUAGUGUCAAUAGUCAUAGGCAUGGGUGGCUGCUGGUUUGCUUACAUCCAGAACCGCUACUCUAAGGACCACAUGAAGAAGAUGAUGAAAGACCUGGAGGGCCUGCAGCGAGCUGAACAGAGUCUACAUGACCUACAGCAGAAGCUCCAGAUUGCCCAGGAGGAGCACCGUACAGUAGAAGUGGAGAAGGUAACCCUGGAGCAGAAGCUGAAGGAUGAGAUCAGCGCAGCCAAGCAAGAGGCCCAACGACUCAGAGAGCUGCGUGAGGGCACAGAAAAUGAACUGAGUCGCCAAAAGUAUGCAGAAGAAGAGCUAGUACAGGUGCGCAUGGCUCUGAAGAAGUCAGAAAAGGAGUUGGAAUCACGGAGUAGCUGGUCACCACCAGAGUCUCUCCAGAAGUGGCUGCAGCUCACCCAUGAGGUGGAAGUGCAGUACUACAAUAUCAAGAAGCAGAAUGCUGAACGGCAGCUCCUGGUGGCCAAGGAAGGGGCAGAGAAGAUAAAGAAGAAGAGAAACACUCUCUUUGGUACUUUCCAUGUGGCUCACAGCUCCUCCCUGGAUGAUGUGGACCACAAAAUACUGGCAGCAAAGCAAGCCCUGGGUGAGGUGACCGCUGCGCUUCGGGAGAGGCUACAUCGCUGGCAGCAGAUAGAGAUCCUCACGGGUUUUACCAUCGUCAACAACCCAGGUCUUCCUUCACUGGCUUCAGCCCUCAACCUUGAUCCCAGCUUCAUGGGUGGCAGAGCGACACCUCAGCACUUCAUUAUGUCUGACGACAUGGACGACAUGGACGAGGACUUCUUGCCUGGAACUCUGCAAUAUGGCGCCCGACUGUUGGAACAGCGAGCCAGUGACCUGUGGUCCUUCAGUUCAGACUGUCAGCCCAUGUGGAAAUAUCCUGCUCCCAGUAUGAUGUCCCUGCGCCAACGCCACAUUGACGCCCAGCUGGCCAUGGGCUCCCAGAGGGACCUAAAUCGCUCUGACUCUGACUCUUCCCUUUCACUGUCCCAAGUUGGUGAUCGGCUGUCUGCCUACAGCUCCAGGGGGCACCUAAUGAAGCCCUCUUCUCUCAUACAUGGCCUGGCCGGCCGUGCAGAUGAUACUGUCUCACUGCAUUCUCACACCCAUAAUGGAGGGAACCGCAUUCACGAGGGCAGUCCAGCAGACCCCGCCCCUGACAGCCCCAUACUCAUGAAGAAGAUAUAUGGCAUGGAGAAGUCCCCCAGCCUUGGAGAGAUCAACAGUCUGUCGGAGUCGUCCCGCUCUCUCAGCCCCAACUCCACUGAACCUGAUACACCGUCACCUACGGGAGUGCAAGCAGGGGCUGUGGGGGCCAAGGGUAGCACCCGCCUCCCACAGCUGUCAUCCAAGAAGGGUCCCCUGGAGGAGGACAGUGGCUCAACAGGAGAAGACACAGAUUCCACUGCCAGCCGCAAGAAACACACCUUCAAGAUCUUUAAGAAACAGAAGAAAUAAGGGCUACAUGAACUAUGGACUAUCAGAAUUGUCUGACUGUACUUCUCUGGUUUGUUUUUGGAAAAAAAAAAUGUUUCGGGUUCGUUAAUGUUCAAAUGAUCGCACAAUUUGUUGCUGUUGCAUCUUUUUGUAGGUACAACACCUACGGUGAGAAUCUGUGGACUGUGGGAGCAAGCUUUUCAGUUCUAUCUGCUUAUUUAGUCAAUGUUAAAUAUGUGGGGGAAAUGGGUUGAUUUGUAUAUUGGAAUGUAAAGUAUUAUUUAUUCUGCAGGAAAUUGUUCCAGUCUCAAAGGGAACCCUGUCUCCCAGUGUGGUUUUUCUUUCUUGUCCUACAAUCUAUAACAUUUUGCAUGUCCUCACCUUAGUUUGACUGAUAAUGCGAAUGCACUGUUUGCUUGGUUCUUGUUAACCUGCUUAGAUGCCACUUGAUGUUUCUUUUAUUACUACCUAACCACCUAGCCUAUAACUCCUAAUUGAAUGCGCAGCUCUAUUUUUCACUGAGUACUUUGUUUUUAUUGAUUGUUACAAGUUUUUCUGGUUUUUGAAAUGAUGCAGUCGACUCAGAUUUCACUUGCUAAUAAUAAUUUGCACCCUUGGAUUACCCAAGAGCGCCUGAAUGGCAUCAUCCUGUAUACAAAAUAGUUGGACAAGAGGUAAAUCUCACUAUAAAGUUACGAAAGGACCAUCAAAUUGUAGCAUUAGAACGUUUUCUAUAGGGUUUUUAAUGUUUAGGUCUCAGUGCAUUUACGAGUGACAGAGAAAUGCUUUGCAGGGAUAGCCAGCUGUUAACCACGGAUUAAUUUUUGGAUUUACAUGUGCUCCCACUGAACCAGGAGGAAAACAAGCCAAAUGACCAGCUUGGAUGUAGGUUUUCUCUUAUUAUUAGGCAGAAUUGUUACCAAAAAUGUAUACCAAAAUGUUAGACAAUUAAUCUAAAAACACCAGAGACUGUGACAAUGAACUUUGAUUAAUAUUAAAUUAUUACCUGAGCUACUAGCUUUGUACCUCAGCAGCAUAUACCAGGAAGGACAUCAUUUAUCAAAGACCUUAACAUAAAACACUUUUUUAUUUACAGCUGUUCAAACAGUCACUAUGCUUUGGUUCAGUUUUGGCUUCUGCCACCUUUUGUCUUUUUAUUUCUGUUUUAGUGAUUAGGUGGGUGAUGUAAGCUUCACAGCAGUUUGUCAGUGAUGGCUGUGUGCUGAUAAGGGCUAAGGUACAAGCGAAAAUGUUUGUAUAAGAUGGAAGUUGUAACCACUUUGAGAUCCACCUUUUUAUGGAAGCUCAAGUUAUGGAGGUAAAAGUCCAAUUGUAUCAAAGUGCCAAAAUCACACUCUCUGUCUGAGGCCUUUGCGUGUGCUGUGGCUAUUUAAGCCUAUUUUACAAAGAACAUAAAACCACUUCAUAUAUACUGUAUAUCCUGAGUUUAAAUGCUGAAUGUCCAAGGGUAUUGUUUCUGUAACAGUAUCAUAUGUUUACAUUUGUUACAAAAAAAAAUCCUAUGUUCAGAUUGCCAUAACAAAGAACAUUUGGCCAGUUUUAAUACUGACCGCUUCAUUCGAGCACACAACUAUGCAUCGGUAGUUGUAGGUGAUCACUAAAAUAGAAGGGACACCAGUAGACUUAGGGUGCUUCUGAUCAAUGAACAACCAAAAAGUGCUGCAAAAGACACAGUUGGCCUCCCCCAGCCUCUUAAUGAAACAGGUGGUUUGGACAUGCUUAAAUAUUUUAUUUUAGAAACAAGCUAAAAAAAAAUUCCUACAGGUACUUUUUUAAAGUGUCAUUUGUACCUCUUUUUGCACGACACAGUUGUAAAUGCCACCUGAAUGAGUGUGAGCGUGUAUCUCCGCUCCUGGUAUAAUGCACUGUAAUGUUGAAGCAUGUCAACUGCUGUAACAAAAACCUAUAUUGGGUUUCAAGAGCAGAUCAGUUUAAGCUCUUUACUUAACACCCUGUUUUCCUUUUCUCUUUAUUUUGAGCUCCUAUUUAUGAAUACAAUAUAUUUGUACAGAGAAAAUGAUAAUUUUGCAUCUUCUGUGAUGGUCUAGACUUUUAUGGCACACCUGCAUGAUAGC